UCGCCGGUGAUCUCUCGGACUCCGCGCAGCACGCAGCUCUUCCCACAGCCCCGGGGAAAGGCUCUGCAGGACCAGCGCGCCCCGGCGGGGCUGAGCAGAAGCUCAGCUACUGGGCGAAGAGAAACCAGCCGAAGUUGCUGCAAAGAGCCCCGGGAGCCAUCUGCUGCGCGCGGAGCCUGCUCCAAGGGAUUGCUCGGGGAGACGCGCUUUCCCUUUCCCCAGGACUUGUUGCUUCACCCGAGACCUAGCUCUGUGGCGGCCCUUUGAAGCCUGGACGAUUUGGGCUCUGGGUUGCUAACAACCUCUCCGAAUUUGCUGCCCCCCCCCCUCCGCCGAUCCUGGUGCAGUCUCGCUGGGGCGCCGUGUAAAUAUUUUUGCAGCCGUGAGACGAUUUGUAGGCUGUGAUCCAGCUGAGCGCUAAGCGGCGCCCGCAGACUUCGGGGGAAGAAGGAGGUCAAGGGCCGCUCGGGACUGGAGCUGCGGCUGUGGCCUCUGUGUGUGUGUGUGUUUAGUGGCUAUUUGUCUUUAACCUCAGGUCACCCUGUUUGCUCGGCUGCAUUCCCUCCCUCUGGCUGAGAGGAGAGACGUCAACUGCAGCCGCAGCAGCGUUUUGUAAAAAGGCGCCGCGCUCCUCCCUGCUAAAAGUUACCGGCUUAAUUAUUGCAAAGCCCCGGGACCUGCUUUGCGGCGUAGGCCGGUCUCCCCUCCCCCCACUCUUCUGCCUCUCUCCGGGUCACAGAUCAAAAGAGUAACGAGCAGCCCCCAGCUCCAGCGGUCGGAAGAGUCCUAUCCCGACGGCACCUGCUAGUGCCAGGGUUUCCUUCCCCACCCCCAGCGAGCGUGUGGUGCCCGCAGCGAGUAGGAAAGGAUGGGAUUCGCUGGCCAGAGCCCGUGUUAGACCCGAGCCAGCGAGCUGCACGAGAGGGGACAGGACCGCAAAAGGCUCGUUCUCCGCUCGCUGCUUGCACUCGUUCCCAACGCUCCCGGCGGACUGCCCCGCGGGCCCCCUCCGGGCAUGGAGGUGCAAGUUGGACUUGGCAGCGUGUAUGCCCGGCCGGCGGGCAAGACGUUCCGGGGAGCGUUCCAGAGCCUGUUCCAGAGCGUCCGUGAGGUGUUCCAGAGCCCGGGCGCCGGCCCGCCGAGAGAGGAGCCGGGCACCAGCCCCCAGCCUUCCUCCUCCACCCAGUGCCAACCCGAUGCCCGCCUGCAGCAGCAGAGCCCCCGGCAGCAGCAGCCGGGCUCCCCCGCGUACCUGGCUCUGGAGGAGCAGCCCCAGGGCCAGUGCGCCCCGGCGGCCAAGGGGCUGCAGCCUGAGGACGGGGGCCCGGCUGUCACCCCCUCCUCGACCCUGUCCCUGAUGGGCUCCGCCUUUCAGGGCUGUUCCGGGGACCUCAAGGACAUCCUGGGCGAAGCGGGCGCCCUGCAGCUCCUGCAGCCGGAGGCCCAGGCCCGGGGCAGCCGCGGCGAGGUGGCUGGGGCCAAAGAGGACUUCCUGGGGGACAGCGCCAAGGAGCUGUGCAAAGCCGUGUCCGCCUCCAUGGGCCUGGGGGUGGAAGCGCUGGAGACGCCCGGCGAGCUCCUGCCCCGGGAGGAUUGCAUGUUCGCCCUGGCCGGCGGGCACUCCCGGGCUGCAGCGGGCGCCCAGCUCGGGGACUGCAAGAACCCAGCGGGGGCUGCGCUCCUGGAAGAGCCGGGCACCAGCCCGGCCUCUUUCAAAGGGCACUCAGCCGCGGGCAGCGGCCCCGGGCCAGGCGAGAACGUCCUGGCCAUAGACGUGCCCCACAGCCUGUCCCCGUACAAGGGCUCCCCGGGCUUGGAGGAGCCCGCUGCUUUCCAGGGUCGCGAUUACUACAACUUCCAGCUGGCGCUCGCCCCCCACGCCCGCAUCAAGCUGGAGAACCCCCUGGACUACGGGCCCUGCACUCCCUGGACUGCCCAGUGCAGGUAUGGGGGGGACAUGGCCAGCCUGGCGCCCCAUUGCCCUGCCUCGGGCCCAGCCUGGCACUCGUUCUUCGCAGAGGAGGGGCAGCUCUACGGCCCAUGUGCAGAGGCAACUGCUGGCCCUUUCGGCUGCGGGCGAAGCCAGGGGCCACCGGGGCAAGAAAUAAGCGACUUCCCAUCCGACGUGUGGUACCCAGGAGGGAUGGUGGGCAGGAUGCCCUAUGCUGCUGCCUCCGGUUGCAUCAAGAGCGAACUCACCCCUUGGAUGGAGGGCUAUGCCGGGACCUUUGGGGAAAUGCGGCUGGAGGCUGGCAGGGACCACGUUUUGCCCAUUGACUAUUACUUUCCACCUCAGAAGACUUGCCUGAUUUGCGGCGAUGAAGCUUCUGGAUGCCACUACGGAGCUCUCACUUGCGGCAGCUGCAAAGUCUUCUUCAAAAGGGCAGCUGAAGGUAAACAGAAAUACCUGUGUGCCAGCCGGAAUGACUGCACCAUUGAUAAAUUCAGAAGAAAAAACUGCCCUUCCUGUCGCCUGCGAAAGUGCUACGAAGCAGGGAUGACCCUGGGAGCCCGCAAGCUGAAGAAACUGGGCAAUCUGAAGCUGCAAGAGGAUGGUGAGGGAGCCAGCUCAUCCAGCCCAACAGAUGAGCAGGCCUCCAAGAUGGUGAUGACACGCAUCGAUGGGUUUGAGUGCCAGCCCAUUUUCCUCAAUGUCCUGGAAGCCAUUGAGCCUGGUGUGGUGUGUGCAGGCCAUGACAACAACCAGCCUGACUCCUUUGCUGCUCUGCUGACCAGCCUGAAUGAGCUUGGGGAGAGGCAGCUGGUGCAUGUGGUGAAGUGGGCAAAGGCUUUGCCAGGAUUCCGUAACCUGCACGUGGAUGACCAAAUGGCACUAAUCCAGUAUUCCUGGAUGGGUCUUAUGAUUUUCGCCAUGGGAUGGAGAUCUUUCACCAAUGUUAACUCCAGGAUGCUUUACUUUGCUCCCGACUUGGUCUUCAAUGAGUACCGAAUGCACAAAUCCAGAAUGUACAGCCAGUGUGUCAGGAUGCGACAUCUUUCUCAGGAGUUCGGGUGGCUUCAAAUCACUCCCCAGGAGUUUCUCUGCAUGAAGGCUCUACUGCUCUUCAGUAUUAUUCCAGUGGACGGUCUGAAGAAUCAGAAGUUCUUUGAUGAACUUCGAAUGAACUACAUAAAGGAACUUGAUCGUAUCAUCUCUUGCAAGAGAAAGAAUCCCACAUCCUGCUCUCGGCGCUUCUACCAGCUCACCAAGCUCCUGGACUCCGUGCAGCCUAUUGCCAGGGAGCUACAUCAAUUUACAUUUGACCUUUUAAUUAAAUCGCACAUGGUCAGUGUGGACUACCCCGAAAUGAUGGCUGAGAUCAUCUCCGUCCAGGUUCCCAAGAUCUUAUCUGGGAAAGUCAAACCUAUCUACUUCCACAUGCAGUGAUGUCCCAGAGGGGAUCUCCUUCCCCUGCCACUCCCUUUCAGCCAUCUCCUGCCUGUUCUCUCUGCACUACUGUACUGCAGUGCCUUGGGGAGUCUCCUCUAAAGAUACUGUAUGCUGUGAAGAUGUACAGUGCCAAAUGACAACCUAUUGGGAUUCCUUUGAUUUCAAUUUUUUCUGGGGUACCUCUGAACUGAACUCCCCUUCACAGCUUCUGCGUAUGUCUGGAUGGCUCUGCAUCUCUAUAAAUGUUGUGGCAUGAUGACUUUGUGGCACUUGUUUACACACUUGUGCUUGCGUAUUUUCCACAGUGACGUUUAGUGGCGCAGUGCCAUGGGAAGUUUCAGACUGGGAGAAAUUCCUCCAUUUGUUUUCUCUUUACAGCAAACAAGAAGUAGGUUAAACAUGCAAGUUGAGAGGGUGGGUUAUUUUUCUGACUAACCUGGGGUAUUUUCCUUUUUGUUUGCAUCAUGUCUUCAAGAGGCAUGUGAAUUAAAAAUGCAGUAGUAGUGAGACAGGAAGGGACAGGGAAAGAGACUAGAGCGUGGUGAAAUUAGAAAGUCUAUUUCAAAAUCAGACAGUCCUGUUGCGGCAAAAAUCCUUGUUAUCGUCUGCCUGAUCAUGCCUGCAGACCAAAUACCACACCACUCCAGCCAUACAUGCAGACCCAUAUACCGGGCCACUCUGGCUAUACAUGCUGACCCAUAUACCAGACCGCUUUGGUCAAGCACCCAGACCCAUCCACCCAUGUGCAAUCAGCAGCUUAGAGCAGCAUUAAAUAUUUACUCACCAAAGAAAUGCCCAAUUCACAGGAGUAUUUGGAGUGUUGUCAUGUCAGUAACGAGGGCUGGUGAGGAUUAUGACCUUUGGAACCCCUGAAGAUUGCGGAGGGCUGACUUCCAUCCAGGACAUUUUUCCUGUGGACUGUGAGCCAAACUGGAUCUAAGUCUGUCCAAAGACUGUCCAGUCACCUAGUAAUCACAUUCCAGUUUUGAACAUUAUUUUUCCUCCACACCAGCAAACAAAGAAAUUUCCCACUGGCAUCCAUCUCUCAUCUGUGCACCACGAGUGCCUGAAGUCUCCUCUCACCUCUGCCUCUAGCCUGCUCCCCUUCAAUGUCUGAGGUCUCCACUUGUUUCUGCCCUUCACCGUGGGUGUCUGAAGGUCUAGAUUAUCCAGUGGUGCUUCUCAUUUGCCCUUUACCCGACCAUUUUGCAGAUUCUUUCAGAAGCCAACACAGAAAAGAAUCCCAGAAGCAAAACGGUGAGAUCUUUGACUCUUUGGGCUCUGUGAGGUCCAGUAACUUUGGGAUUAUUCUGCUCUUUUGGAAACAGUUGUAUGUGGGCUGAGAUCAGAGGCAGCGCACGUGGGGGAGCAUGUGAGGUCAUGUGCCCCACCCCUAGAUUUGCUGCUUGACUUAUAUUGAGCAUGCUGACAUGGACUGAGCAUGCUCAGUAACACCGCUGAAGCUGCCUGCCCUCACUCUGCCCCCCCACCAGCAGGCACAGGUCAUCUCUGCCUGAGAUUCCCAGCUAUUUCAGGGAAUGGUAAAGAUAGCAUUUAAGAGGCCUGUUCUCUUACUUAGGGGUUCCCAUGGCUCGCAUUAAUGUUAGUAGUUGAUCUCCACCAAGGAAAGAAUACACGCCCUCUCAGUGUCCCUAAAAUUCCUACUUUUAAAAUUAGAACCCAAACAAAGCCCAGAGCUAAACCUCAUGGAGAUGACAGUGUGUCGUCAGACUGCAGCACUCUCAGUGAGAUGCCAGCUGGAGAACUCUGCCUAACACACAUGCUAUCAUUCAAAAUGAGAUCAAAGGUUUGUCAUCUUUGUUUAUUGGCAACUUUCAGGGUCAAUAUUUCAGAGAGGAAUGCGUGUUUCUUCAAGGCAGAUUAAUGUUGUCUUUAAUCAUCCUCCUGGCAUUCCUAAGGACACGUUGGCCCACCUAGGAAUUUUAUUCAGAUUUGUUUUUUUUCUGAGGUUGUACUGCACAUGCAGGAUCUGACCAUUCAUUCCCUGGUGGCUCUGAGUUCCCUCCUGCGCCCUUCCCCUCAUCUCGUGAGCCCAACACAGCAACAAGAGCCCUGUUGGCAGGACUAGCUUAUGAACCAGAUUUUUGAAGAGGUGGAUCUGAGUUCAUCUCAUGUAAUAUGGCAUCCCACUAUGCCCAUGUGAUAACAGCAGAUUAAAUUUGCCAUAAGCCUCCUUUAUACACUAGGAGAGUCAGAGGUUUAAGCCUGUGGAUCCCCACCAGUUUUACUCUCCUCAAGUAUGUGGGCCUUUUCCAGCCUAAUGCCCUCCCCAACCCCUCCUUCCUCAUGCAAAAGAAUUGUGGCAAUUCUGCUGCUAGUGGGGCCUUUCAUGGGUUGGGGGCCGCCAUCAGCCUUAGAAUGCAGCAGCUUGUCGAGCUUCAUGGUGCUGCACCUGGGGUUCUGUGCAGAGUGCUUGUUGGCACAGAAAGUGACCACAGAGUUUCUCUGAUACUUUUCAAUCAUACUGUAAGGGUUGCAUUUAAAAAAACCAAAAACAACAACAAAAACCUUUUCAACAGUUGUGAAUGAGUUUUCAUCCCCUACCGGGCGUGGCUCUGAUCACAGUGUUCCUAUGCUCCUCGUGAGUGAUAGAAUAGUAAUAAGCUCUUUUUGAUAUUAGCCAGUUGGUACUGUGGUAUUAUGAAUAUCUUUUUCUCUUUAAAGGCUUAUAAAAAUACUGACAUUUUGGUGUGAUUGAAAUCAGCUGGUGCAAAGCUCCACUGACUUUGAAACUAUACCAGGUUAAAAAGUUCAGUUUACACCAAAGCCUGCUUCUUUGCACUGUGGUUUUUCAGCUAGUUAGCAGAUGAAUACAAUGAUCGGCUGGCUUGGCACAGCACAACUCACUCCAUAAUGAAUGAAGGAUGUCUGGAGUAUGCAGGACGGCAUGGUAUU